UUUUGUAUCCAUCCGUGGUCCAAAGAUAUCCUUUUCUCAUCGUGGAAACAGGAAAGGUCGCUGAGGGACAUUUUGAUAAAAAUGAAUUCAGCAAAAAUAUAGCAGUGAUAGGUUAUCCAGGUUUUGCAUAUGCCUUGAAGCCAGUAUUAAGAAAACAUGAGAUGAUAAAACCAGUUUUUGUCAUUGACACAGUUGAGAAACAACAAAUGUUUCAGGAUGACCCUAUGAUCCCUGAACAUAAGCGAAAUAAUGUCUUUAAAUAUAACAUUACCAGCUUCGCCUCUGGAUUGAAAAAAACCAUUAUCCAGGAAAAUGAAUUACUGGACACGCUUGAAAACAUUUCAGGAGUUACAGUUUUCAGUGAGGUACAUGACUUGGGGUUUGUUAAACUCCUUGAUUAUCGGCUCUGCAAUGAAUCUGGCCUCUAUGAAUAUCCUAUCAACUGGUUUCUUGCGAUGCCUUCAGCCAUUUAUAAGAACCUUACCUUAAUAAGCAGAGGUUUUUACAAGGUCUCUUUUCAUGCUCUUCACAAGUGCACUGUUAAAAAAAUGGCUUUGACAGGAACCCAUAGCAUGCAUCCAGUGUUGUUACAUGUAACUCCAAACUAUCAACUUCUAAGUCAACUGAAGGUGGAAAGGAAGUUCUUUAAAGUAUUUCUCAACCAAAUGGGACAAAAAACCUCCCUCAUUUUGCCCUUUGUGGAGAGUAUGGUGACAGACAGUACUGAGGUGGUGCGGCCUCUCUUGGACACCCAGUAUACCCGGGUGUGUGAUGUUCAUCCAACAAAACUACUGGAGAUAUUUAUAGCUUUGACCAACAUGCCAGAGUUUGAGGGCUCCAUGUUUAAACAGAUCCUUUACAAGGAACAAUGGAACGAGACAAAGUCGGAGGACGAGAAAUCAACAGGGCGGGAACCGUAAUGGGGCGGACAAUGUCAAAUAUUGAUGAAGACCAGUUAAGGAAUAAUGAGUUAUGCUUGUGCGUGCUUCAUGUCAUUACUGUAAUUUAGGGGACAUUGUCAAAUGGUGAUGAAGACCUUUAAUGGAGUACUCUUUCUCUCGCUCAUGUUUGUGUUUGCCAUAUUUACAAUACCUGCUCAUGCUGUUUGAAGGUCAUGUCACUGUGAAAUGUUAAGACCUUAAACUGGAUUACUGGUGCUUCGACUCAAUAAAUUAUUCAAGCCAUGUUAUUGGAGAAAUGGGCUUAUUGCAUGUGCGUAAAAUGUCAACUUCACAAGCUUAUCAGGUACACAACUUUUGGUUUUUGUAUUUUUAGCUUGGCUGUUUUUGGAGAAAACCUGAGGUAUUGUCCGAAAGCCAGCUUGUCGUGUCUUUCCACUGUCCGCAUCGUGCUAAAACCUUAACAGUGACUCCAAAAUCGAAGUGCUUCCACCUACAACAUUGAAACUUCAUAUGUAGCUGCACCUUGACGAGUUCUACACGCCACACCCAUAUUUGGGUCACUAGGUCAAAGGUCAAGGUCACUGUGACCUCUAAUAUUGUUCUGACAAGCUUUAAUUUAUUCAAAACUGCACCGGCAGCAGAGCGUUGGCACCCGCUUUGCGAUGCUCUUGUUUAAAAAGGAACUUUCUUCUAAACAAAAAUCCAAUAUAGGCAGAAAGUGUUGACCCUAAUCUAUAUAGGCUGAAAGUGUUGACCAUAAUCAAUUUAGGCAGAAAGUGUUGUCCCUAAUCCAAUAUAGGCAGAAAGUGUUGUCCCUAAUCCAAUUUAGGCAGAAAGUGUUGUCCCUAAUCCAAUUUAGGCAGAAAGUGUUGUCCCUAAUCAAUUUAGGCAGAAAGUGUUGACCCUAAUCAAUUUAGGCAGAAAGUGUUGUCCCAAAUCAAUUUAGGCAGAAACUGUUGACCCUAAUCAAUUUAGGCAGAAAGUGUUGUCCCUAAUCAAUUUAGGCAGAAAGUGUUGUCCCUAAUCAAUUUAGGCAGAAAGUGUUGACCCUAAUCAAUUUAGGCAGAAAGUGUUUUCCCUAAUCAAUACAGGCAGAAAGUGUUGACCCUUAUCCAAUAUAGGCAGAAAGUAUUGUCCCUAAUCCAAUAUAGGCAGAAAGUGUUGUCCCUAAUCCAAUAUAGGCAGAAAGUGUUGUCCCUUAUCCAAUAUAGGCAGAAAGUGUUGUCCCUAAUCCAAUAAAGGCAGAAAGUG